CUUUCCGUCUCUUCCCACCCCCGCCGCCGCCUCAUAAAGCUCAUGAAUAUUCAUUAUUCAUAUACGGCCACGUGACUGAGUCGUCUGCCUUCUUUCGGAUUUCACAACAACAGACCAGAACAUGGUUGACUGUCGUAUUGAAUUAAAAUUUGUUUAGCUGCCCAGCUGGAAGGACUCUUUUCACAGUCACUAUGAUCUCGGUUCUGCCACACACCUCCCUGCUGUUGGCUUUGUUACUGCUGGUCUGCACUUUCCUAGGUACUAUUACUACUCAUGUAGUCACAGAGAAAAAUACUUGUUUAGAUCCAGUGACAAGGAAGGUGAAAAACUUUGAGGAUUUAGAUCUAGAGAAAAUAGCAAUCACUAUGCCUGGAGCCAGACCAUCUAAGGAUGAUGAAUACUUAUGCACCAGUAAAAAGCUGUCCAAGGAAACCAAUUAUAUUGUUAAAUUUGAAUCACUAUCAGAUGCAGUCAUUGCUCAUCAUAUCAUUUUAUUUGGUUGCCAGGAGCCAUUAACAGUUGGUGGUAUUUGGUCAUGUGGGACUAUAUGUAAAAAAGAUGUAGCUCAAAUCCUUUUUGCAUGGGCAAAGAAUGCUGAUCCAGCUAAGCUACCUUGUAAUGUUGGUUUCCAUAUUGGUAAAGGAUCAAACAUUUCAUCUUUGGUCAUGCAAGUUCAUUACAAAAACAAAUUUUCAGAUGCACAGCCUGCAGAUAAUUCUGGAUUAUCUCUAUAUGUAACAAAGCAUAAACAGAAGUAUGCUGCAGGAAUUUUUAUUUUAGAUUCUGAAAAUGGUGUUGUUCCCAAAUCUACUCCAUUAAGCAACAUUGAUGUUAGCUGCAAAUUUCCAAGAAGAGUUAUUUAUCCAUUUGCAUUUCGGACCCAUGCACACAAUCUUGCAAGAGUGGUGAGUGCUUAUAAGUUUAAUGGAAGCUGGACAUUGAUCGGGAAAAGCAAUCCCCAUUGGCCUCAAGCCUUUUAUCCCAUUGAGAGAAGAAUCAAAAUUGAAAGAAACGACACUGUGGUUGCACGCUGUACCUAUAAUUCAACAGGUCGAAAUAGAGUCACAAAGAUUGGACCAACUCAUGAUGAUGAGAUGUGCAACUUCUACAUGAUGUACUAUUCUCACAGUGAAGACCAUAUACCAAGCUAUAUGGAAUGCAUUAAUAAUGAUUUCUCAGAUGUCACUAAAGACAUUCCAGCUUCCUCUGUCAAGCAACUGCCUUAUAAUCCAUAUUUGGAACAGAAAGCAGUGCAGUCAAAGACCCACCCCAGUGAAAAUGUUGUUCACCAGCAGUUAAAUAAAAAUUCUCAGAUAACAAGAGGGAAAAGUGAUUCUCAACAACUGUUCCAAGAUAUGACUUAUGUACCUGAUUGGCCAGCUAAGAAUGGAUUAACCCUUGGCCAUGUCAGUGGUGUUAGUGUAGGACCUGAUGGCAGUGUACAUGUUUUUCAUCGAGGACCUCAAAUCUGGAAUACAAGAUCCUUCAAUAAAAGUAACAUUUUCCAGGAUCAAAACAAACCAAUUUUAGUUCCAACAAUUGUAGUCUUCAGCAAAGAAGGAAAAUUACUAAACCAAUGGGGUAAUAAUACGUUUUUUAUGCCCCAUGGAAUAACAGUUGAUAAAAAUGGUUCUGUUUGGUUGACCGAUGUUGCUUUACAUCAGGUUUUCCGUUUCUCUGCUGGAGUGAGAAAACUUGACUUAGAAUUAGGAGAACGCUUCCGUCCUGGUAAUGAUAAACAGCAUUUCUGUCAACCCUCAAGUGUUGCUGUUAUGUCUGAUGGUCAGUUCUUUGUAGCAGAUGGAUAUUGCAAUUCAAGAAUAAUGAAAUUCUCAAAAGAAGGUAUGUUCCUUGAUGAGUGGGGCCACAGUGAUUCAACUCUACAAUCUGAUGGAUUCCCUGCACCAUUUGUAUUCUUCAUUGUACAUUCUGUUACUGUUGCUGAAGAUAAAGGAUUGGUUUGUGCUAGUGACAGAGGAAAUGGACGUAUACAAUGCUUUGAUUUAACUGGAAAAUUUAAUAAGCAAAUUCAUCUGAAAGAAUUUGGCUAUGUAAUAUAUUCCGUCGACUAUUGCUAUCAGCACGGUGGAAUUUUAUUCGCUGUGAAUGGUCCACAAAACCACACUAAGAGACCUUGCAAAGUGUUUGCUAUCGACAUAAAAACAGGCAUAUUGCUAUCCUCAUGGAACUGUCCAAAGGGUCUAGGCUUUCCUCACGAUAUCAGUGUUGAUAAUAAGAACCAUGCAGUGUAUGUUGGCGACUUAUUGGCUAAAACAGUCUGGAAGCUACAGAUGACAACUCCCAAUAUUUCUGGAUAUUUGUCUAAAAAGAAUGAAAUCCCUCAGCCUAUGGUGACCGAAAAUGUUCCACUGCUUGACAAUGGGCUGGAAAGUACCUCUGAUUCAAAUUUCAAGGCUUCAGUCAUUGUCGGUAGCCUCUUGGUCGCCCCUAUGUUUUUCAUAGUACUCAUAACUGUUUUCGUGCGUUACUAUCAUGCAGGCAAGUUAAAAUGUUGCGACUACAGGAGAAGCAUGGCUGGUCAUCAACACAGGUCAUUUUUUGGUAACCUUCUGAUUGACCGACACAAAGGCUUCAACCCUUUAAAUACUGAGGACAGUGAUCAUGAGAUAGACCCAUUGAAUAAUUCAGAUGACGAAGAUGACUACAGAAUUACAAGGAAGACUUGAUUGACACUAUGGACAUUAAGCAAAUAUUUAAAAAAGAAAAAAAUCAAUAAAAAUAUAUGUACUGUGAACUUUGGACAUUUGAAAAACAUAUUUUUAAAAGUCGAGCAAAUUUUACUAUUUAUUCUCAUUCCACUUUAAAGAAUCAUUAUUAUUAGUAUCAACAUUUAUUAUUAUUAUUAUUAUUAUUAUUAUUAUUAUCGGAGUCAAUAAAAUAAGUCCCAGUUGAACACUGGGACCCAUGUAAUCAACUCAUCCCUCCCCCCAAAAGUGCUGCCCUUAUGGCAAAAUUUGAAACUAUUAUUAUUAUUCAGCCAAAGACAGGGAUCAAUAUAAUUGACUGCUCCAUUCCCUCAAACAUGUAACCUUGUGUCCAUGUAAGAAAUUACUACUACUACUACUACUACUGUGUGCCAUAAUGUAACAAAUAAGUUCUUGACAAAUCUAGUUUUGAUUCCAACUUGGAGCCAUUUUACUAACCUAAUAGUAUCCUUUGAUAAAUACAUGAAAUUCCCAAAUCCCUGUUUCCUCUUCCUCUGUAAAUCUAUGUCAUCAGAGCUAUGUAAGAAACGAUCAUUGUUGUUAUUGAUUUUCUGGUUCUUUAUGCUCUAAGUUCAAAUCCCACCAAGGUCAUCUUUGUUUCUUUCUCCUCAGCUUGAUAAAAUAAUAAAUACCACUCAAGUACUGGGGCUGGUUAAUUAACUACAUUUUCUGACCCCUAAUUACGGGCUAUGUGCCUGUGUUCUGCUUCUUAUUUUUUUAGUUCAUAUCCUACCAAGAUCAUUUUUAUUUUUUAACCUUCUGGGAAUCAAUAAAAUAAAGUACCAGUCAUGUACUGAGGCUCAUAUAAUUGAGUUUAGAAACCAAUAUUAUCAUUAUUGAUAAGGUGGUGAGCUGGCAGAAUUGUUAGCGUGCUGGGCAGGAUUUAGUGUGUCUUCGCGUUCAGAGUUCAGUUCCACUGUGGUUGACUUGGCCUUUCAGGGUGAGUACCAGUUAAACACUGGGUCAAUGAAAUCAGCCCCCUUGCUGGCCUUGUGCCAAAGUGUGAAAGUAAUAUUAUUGUUAUUGUUAUUGAUAGAGCUGUGCAUCAGUAAUAUUGGUGGAGCCAAUUCUGCCAAUGAGACAAAUUGAAGAGUCAAUUUGUGGCCUUGUUCCUGUAUUAGAAAUCAUAAUGCCUGUGGAUUGGUAGAAUCAUUAAAGUAUUGGAGAGCUUUGUUCUGAGUUCAAAUUGUGACCUGGCCCCCAUUACACUUCAUCCUCCUGGGGUUGGUAAAAUAAAAUAUUAGUUAAGAAUUUGGUUUGGUUUAAUUUGACUAACUUCUCCCAUCCAAAUUGUAACCUUGUACUUAAGUUAAUUAUUAGUAUUAUUAUUAAUAUCAUCAUCAUUAUUAUUAAGGCUGUGAGCUGGCAGAAUUGACUUUCAUCCUUUCAGGGUUGAUAAAACAAAUACUAUUUGAACACUGGAGUCAAUGUAAUCCCCUCCUCCUGAAAUUGCUGGCUUGUGCCAAAAUUUGUUUCUAUUAUUAUUAUUAUUGAUAGGGCUGUGCAUUGGCAAUAUUGGUAGAGCCAGUUCUAUCAGGAGAGACAAAACAUCCAUUUAGUCAUGGCUCUGUUCUGAUUUUGAAUACUUACUGCCAGAGUUAACUUCACCUUCCAGGCAUAAUAACAAAAAAAGAAAAUGACCAAUCAGGAACUUGAGUCAGUCUCAAUCAGUAUACCAUUCCCACAGAAUUGAAGCCCUAUGCCCAUUAUAGACAUUAUUACCAUUGCUGUAAUUAUUUAGAUAUAACUUAGGAAAGGCAUCCAGCUGUAGAAACCUUGCCAGAUCAGAUUGAUGCCUGGUGCAGCCUUCUGGCUCGCCAGCCCUCAGUCAAACUGUCCAACCCAUGCCAGCAUGGAAAGCGGACGUUAAACGAUGAUGAUGAUGAAGUCUUAAUUUAUAUAUCAAACUGCAAUAUAUAUAUAUAUAUAUAUAUAUAUAUGUGUGUAUAUAUAUGUUAUUUUUUUAAAUAUCUUUAAAUUCAAUAUUUUCCAUUAACAUUUUAAAUAGUGUGAAAAUUCCAAUAUGUAAAAACAUUAAAAAAAAUUAUGAGCCAAAUAUAAUCUCAUGUACCUAAAGAACUUUACCUAACAAUAUUCAUAUGGGUAACAUAGAUAUUUUAUGCAUACAAAUCCUCAUAAAAACAAAUUAUGAUUUUAUUGACCAUUAAUCUAUUCUUGUGUAGUUUUGCUUGAACUUUUAUUAUCACAAUGCCUUGAUCAAUAACAUUUCCAGUUGUCUUUGAGUACCAUCUUCUGUUAGAAAUUGGCAGAAUAUUCCAGAAGAAUAAAAGAGGAAACUAGAGAAAAUCUGGAGCAAAAGAAACAAAUAUACUAAAGCUGACUCUACUAACGUUUAACAAGAAAUUGUCACCUGAAGACUACUGGAGUGUUAACUCAUUGAUAUGUAGUGUUGAGAGAAAAAAUACAUAUUUAACAAUAAAAGAUUAGGGCAGUGCUAUUUUAUAAUAGCUUUGCCUUAAAUAAUUCAACAUAUCACAAA